UUCCGUGUUCCGCGCGCAGCUUCCGGCAGCUGUGAGUUGAACAACAGUAGUGCGACAGCAGAGCUUCAUCCUCCUCAUCUUCAUCUUCAUCAUGCGCUGGUUCGAGGGUUCGAUCCCGGCGGCCAUCGCGGCAGCUAAAGAGCGCAGAUGUGUGUUUGUGGUGGUGAUCACAGGGAGUGAUGAUCAGUCUGCUCAGCUGAUGUCCAGUUGGGAGGCGGACAGUGUGUGUGAAGCGGCUCAGAACUGCUGUGUGGCGAUUCGAGUGGACGCUGAGAGUGAAACAUGUGUCCAGUUCUCACAGAUCUAUCCCGUGGUGUGUAUCCCGUCCAGCUUCUUCAUCGGAGAGAACGGCGUUCCUCUGGAGGUGAUCGCAGGCAGUGUGACAGAGGACGAGCUCCAGCGCAGGAUCAGCAGAGUCACACAGAUGCACACGCAGCAGAUGAGCGCAGAGCGAGCCAAUCAGACGCCCAUCUCGGAGCCGCAGGCUAAAGAAUCCCUGUCUGAGUCGAUGGAGGAAGACGGAGCGUCAGGUCAUGUGACUCCAGGUGAAGACGAGCCUCUGGAUACCAAAGUGGAGAGGAUAACGAAGAAGCUGGAGGAAAGACGCGAGCAGAAGAAGAAAGCAGAAGAAGAGAAUGAGCUGAAGAAGGAGAUGGAGAGGCGUAAGAUGGGGAAGGAGAUGCUGGACUUCAAGCAUCAGCAGGAGGAGGAGAAAACCAAGCGUCUUCUGGAGGAGAGGAAUCGAGAGAAGGCCGAGGAGCGAGCGGCCCGAGAGCGAGUCAAGCAGCAGAUCGCUCUGGAUCGUGCAGACCGAGCGGCGCGUCUCACUCAGACUCAGCUGGAGGCAGACACGUCACGGACCGCAGCGCUGCAGGCCAGAGCCACAGAACAGGAUGUGCAGAUAGAGAAGAGUGCGUUUGCCAGGAUUCAGUUUCGUCUGCCUGACGGCUCGUCCGUCACCAACCAGUUCCCGUCAGAGACACGUCUGCUGGAGGCUCGGCAGUUCGCGGCUCGGGAGGUGGGGAAGCGAUACGGUCAGUUCUCUCUGGCCACCAUGUUCCCCCGGAGAGAGUUCACAGCUGAAGAUCUGCAGAGGACACUGCUGGAGCUGGAUCUGACCCCCAGCGCCUGCAUCGUGCUGCUCCCUCAGUCCAGAAGUGCAGUGGUGCGCUCGUCUGCGUCUGGAGGCGUCUGGGCAGCGCUGGAGUCACUGCUGUACCCACUGCUGUCCGUCUGGAGGUUGAUCAGCGGAUUCCUGUUCAGCAGCGCUCCUCCUGCUCCUGCUCCAGCCGCCGCCUACAACACACAUGGCUCCGGGGCCGCCGCAGAACCACAGAGAGAUGUGGUUCGUAAGAGGGUUCUUGAGAAGAAGCCUGAGGACUUCAAGAAAGAUGGGAAAAUAUACCGGCUACGGACUCAAGAAGACAACGAGGAUGACAACAACACCUGGAACGGGAACUCCACGCAGCAGAUGUAGCGUUAGGUUUGUCAUUCAGGGCUGUGGUUUCCAUUCCCCUUCCCUCCGGCUCCACCCCGCAUGGGUAAAUCUAACUCGCUUCGAG